AUGUACAUGGUGGAUAUCACCCUGGUGCUCGUGGAGCCGGAGCCCGGGGAGGAAGAGCUGUCCUGGAUGGAGGUGGAUGAGGGGGGUGGCCCCCGGGAGCCGGAUCAGGGGCCGGUGAGCCGGGCAGUAAGGAGGGCUGCGAUAAGCAGUCUGUGGCUUUCUUUGUGGUCUACAAUGGAUACAGCAGCUGGGAUGCCCCACAUUUCAUUCAGGAUCACCUGUGGGGCUUCAUCCGCAAACAGAAAGGCUUCAUGUCCCAGGAGUCUGAGAAGAUGUGCACCGCCAUCCGCAGGAGUUCGUGGCUUGUCACCAUGCUAUGUGGAAGAAACUGCGUGAGUACCCAGGGCACACUGUGUAUGGCUGGCAGGGGGGGCAUACUCUAUGGCUCGCAGGUGUGGCACACUGCAUGGCUAGCAGGGGGCACACUGGGUAUGGCUGGCAGGGGGACACACUGGGUGUGGCUGGCAUUGGGGGCGCACUGGGCAUGGCUGGCAUUGGGGGUGCACUAUGAGGUAUGGCUGACAUUUGGCUUACUAGAAAAAUCACACACAGAGUGUGGCAAAGGUAAUCCAGGAGCUGCUAAGCAGGGUCGUACUCAUCCUCCUUCCUGGCCCUGUGCGCAGGAUUGUAAAGACACACUAGAUGACCCAUUGUCCUCAGACACACAUAGUGCUAUCAUUAUACUGAGUUUUGUUAAUUUCCUUGUUUCCUUUGUGGUAAAGUGAGUUGUCUUUCAUGGACAGUUUUCUCUUCAGGUCAGUGGAAGCCGCUCGCGUUCUGCCACCCGGAAGUAUCUUGGUGCCUAUUGUUUACAAACAUUCUGA